AUGGGUAGCGGAGCUUCCAAGAAUAAAACUAGAAAUAUUUAUAUCCGUGCUAAUGGCAAGACUCAACGUCUAAAAUUUACUCGAAGUUGCUCGCCUACUGAACUUAAAGAUUUGGUAUCUGUAGCCUGCGGAGUCACCAAAUGGAAAUCAGUUCAGUUAUCCAGUGAUGAUGGAUCACUAGUGGCGAUUAGUUGGGAUGUACCGGAAAAUGACGAAAGUGCACCUUAUGUUGCAACCGUGAUUGCAGAAGAUUCAGUUGUCAGUGAAAAUGAUAGACUUGCCGGAAUUCUAACACAGGUUUCCGACCAUUUUGUAAGGGCAUUUAACAUUACUGAAUUAAGAAAAGAAAUUAGAGACCACUUGAGUGAGUUGAAGAAGAGAGUAGAGACUGUUGAAGGCCUUAAAGCUGUCGAAAUUGAAAAAUGUAAGAAAGAAAUUAAUCAACUCCGCGAGAUGAUGUAUGCAAGGAAAAAGUACAAUUCGGAGCAGUACAUCUAUAAUGAACCAGAUAAAGUCAAUAUAAGUCGAAGUAAAAUUCCACUUUAUACCAAGUAUACACUUUCACAAGAAACAAUCGAUUAUUUGAAGAAACCAACCUUUGAUAUCUGGCAAUGGGAACCGAAUGAGAUGUUGAGCUUAUUGGAGCACAUGUAUCAUGAAUUGGAUAUAGUUCGUGAUCUAAAUAUCAAUCCCAUAACUCUGAGACGUUGGCUAUUAUGUGUGCAAGAGAAUUAUCGCAAUAACCCGUUCCAUAACUUUAGACACUGUUUCUGUGUAACGCAAAUGAUGUAUGGGAUGAUUUAUGCAUGCCAGUUGGAUAAACAUUUAACCAAGGCUGAAUUAGCAACAUUGCUAACAAGUGCAGUUUGUCAUGAUUUGGAUCAUCCAGGCUAUAAUAAUGCCUACCAAAUUAAUGCAAAAACUGAGCUUGCUAUACGUUAUAACGAUAUUUCACCUCUGGAGAACCACCAUUGCGCAGUUUGCUUCAAGAUUUUAAAUAAGCCUGAAUGUAACGUUUUUGCUAAUACAUCUGAAAGCGUGUAUCGCGAAAUCAGAAAGGGUAUUAUUUCAUUAAUAUUGGCUACCGAUAUGGCAAAGCACGGCGAAAUAACAGAGCAAUUUAGGAGCACUGUUAAUGAUUUUGACGUCAACAACGAAAAACAUCGAACUUGCGUAUGUAAACAGAUUCAGAAUUAUACGAUAGAUGUACUAAAAAUGAUACUCAUUAAAUGUUGCGAUAUCUCUAAUGAAGUGCGACCAAUGGAGAUUUCUGAUCCAUGGGCAGACUGCUUACUAGAGGAAUUCUUUCAGCAGGGAGAUCGUGAGAAGUCCGAAGGUUUGCCUGUAGCUCCUUUCAUGGAUCGUGAGAAAGUGACAAAAUCUUCCACACAAAUUGGAUUCAUAAAAUACGUUUUAAUUCCAUUAUUUGAAUUAUUUAGCGAGGUAUUUCCUAAUGUUCGUGAGCUAUUGGUUAUUCCGUUGAUGGAUGCAUUGGAACGAUAUGAAAAGCUGAAGCAAAUUGAAGAAGUUGACGCUAAUAAAGCGAAUAAUGAAAAAAAUGAAGAGGAAAGCAGCGAAAAAUUAAGAGCAGAAAAAGAUAAAGAUAAAAUCAAUGAUAGCCGAAGGGCAUCGGCAUGCUUAGGUAAACUAGAGAAGUCAUUAAUAGUCUUCCAUGCGUUCAUAAAUGCAAAAAAGGCACGCCUAGGAGCAUAA